AUGAACAGCAGUGCGGCUCUUCUGAUCGCAAGCGCGCUGCCGGAUCUGAAGCCGCAAGAGCUGCCUGUCAUCACUCGCGUCCUUGACUUUCUCGGCAUCCGCAUCGCAAACUCGAACUCGCCGACAGCGAAGACGACCCUGUUCAUAGCGACCGAUGAUGCGAGAAACGAUACACAGACCGAAGUAGGGAAUGGCAAUUGGACGGCAGGAGCGACAGGGGAAGAAGCGACCGGCGUCGAAUUCGACUUGGAUUCGCGGCGGUGGAAGCUGGACCAUGGACACAGCAAGAGCAAGGACCAUAAUGCGACAGACUGGACUGCGCAGAUACCGGACAGCGAGCACAACCGCUUCCUGAUCAACACACGCUGGGACAAGACAGCCCUUGGUCCGAUAAAGUCAUGGCCCUUGGUACUGCAGCUCAUGGUACUCAAGAUGCUCGGCGAUCCUCGGCCUGCAAAUCUAUACUGGGGCCAGGAUCGCAUCGCUAUCUAUAAUGAGUCGUUUUCCAUAAUGGCCCAUAGUCGCCAUCCUGCCAUGAUGGGCUCUACUGCAGAGGAAGCCAUGCCCGCUACCUGGCCCUUUCUCAAACUCAUGAUGCAGCAAGUUCAAGACACAAAGAUAGCUUUCCACGCCCCCGAGUUCGAGAUGGAGGUACACAAGGAGAGCGGUUUCCUCGAAGAAGCUUGGUACGAUGGCGUCUUCUCGCCCAUCGUCAACAGUGACGGCAGCUUCCAAGGCCUGUACAACUCUGGCUAUGAGAUUACGACCGCCGUUCUCAUGACACGUUACUCUCGAUUGAUCCAUCAAAUCGCCGCCGUACCCGACUUUCGCCAGACAAAUGCUUGGAUCCACAUCAUUGAGAGCUGUCGAUCCUUUGAAAGGGAUGUUCCUAUGCUUCUUGUUUAUUCGGCUGAUGUCUCGCCAACACAACGAUCUGAUCAUUGCACUCUGCAACUGAAGGGUUCACUAGGCAUCAAUCACGAGCAUGAGCAAACACUGCGCACUCUCAGUCUGGACGAUUCGACUCAUCCUCUUACACCUGCUUUCCGGUCCAGCAAAGCACUUGGUCAUCCCAUCGUCCUCGAUACAUGUAGCCAAUCCUUGAGGCAAUUUCGGCAAGAUGUGGAAUGGCGAGGCUGGCAAGAACCAUCGUCACUCGUCAUUGUCAUGCCUAUACUUAUCAGUGGUCUUAUUUCUGGCUUCAUGGUCAUGGGUCUAAAUCCCCGGAGACCUUACGAUGAUGAUCUGAAACAACUGGUCAACGACAUCUGGCGAACAGCAACUUCCGUAGUCUCCUCAAGCGUCAAUUUCGAGCAAGCACAAGAGCGAGAAAGGGUUUUGACCAGAAAGUUGACCCAGCGCGAACGGUUUAUCCGCAAGGUUGCGGAGAUAACCAACGUCGGCAUCUAUUCUUGGUCAUCUGCUGGAAUUCUUACUUAUGCCAAUCCAAAGUAUCACGAUAUUGUUGACGACACCCCCGAAACCGGAUGUAGUCAAGCCGCCGGUUUCGUUGCCUUUGUUUUGGAAGAGGACCAAGAANAAAUCACAAACGCCAUCGAGGAAUGCAAAUCUCGGCGUACCAACAUCAGCAUCAGCGUUCGUUUGAAACGCAAAUGGACGCCGCCAGGCUCCUCCACAGAACAACACUAUUGGGUGCUGAACUCUAUCGUUCCGGAUGUUGAGGAUGACAAGAUACAAGGUGUUAUCGGAUCGUUGGCUGAUAUCAGGCACACGAUGUGGGCUUUGCAGCUACAANAAGACUCGACCGAAGCGGCUCUCGAAUCGAAGAAACACCUUGAACGAUUUAUAGUAAGUCAAAAGACAUUAGUGACUAGUAAAAAGACUGACAGUUCUGCAGNNGACAUGACAUCCCAUGAAAUGCGAAAUCCUCUAGGUGCAACAAUGCAGUGUGCUGACGACAUUCUUCGAUUGAUUGAGGAAGAUAUAACUUUGCGUGAGAUCGAGGGCUCCCGCGAACUCUUCGACGCGGUACGGGAGAAUGCAAAGACCAUCGCAUUCUGCAGUGCUCACCAAAAGACCAUUGCGGAUGAUAUUCUCGUGGUAUCAAAGCUAAGCUCAUCGCUUUUGUCACUUUCUUCCGCAGUGUGCCAACCUGAAUUGGUGGCAAGGCAGGUUGUCCGCAUGUUCCAAGCCGAAGCCGCGAACGCCGACAUCAACCUUGAUCUCGAGGUCCACCAAUCUUACGCGAUCAGCUGGGCUUUGUGCGACGCUUCGAGGAUUCGACAGAUAUUGAUCAAUCUGGUCAGUAAUGCAAUGAAAUUCACAAAGGGCAGGAGCAAACGACAAAUAAAAGUCAUCAUCGGGUCCAGCGACGUCACGCCUCCGAGUUACAUGUCUCAGCUACAAUGGCAUCCAAAGGAGUCGCCGGCUCCUGUAUUGAGCGACGCUAGCAACAGUUUCUUGACUUUCCAGGUGCGAGAUACUGGCAAGGGACUCACUCCAGAGGAGAUGUCGAGGCUUUUUAAUAGGUUUAGUCAAGCAAGUGCAACAACUAGUGCUACGUACGGCGGCUCAGGAUUAGGGCUGUACAUUUCGAUGCAAUUAGCAGAACUCCAAGGUGGUCGCAUCGGUCUGUCGAGCGAACCAGAUGUUGGAAGUAUGCAAACGCCUGAUCCAUGCAUCAUUUCCCGUGCUGACUGUUCCUCAAAGGCAUCUNUCGGUUUCUACAUCAGCAUCCAGAAGACAUCAGCUACCGAAGAAGACGAACGAAACAUCAGAAGAAUCUCCGAGACUAUCGAGAAGCAGACACUGGACAAGCGUACUAGACCGCUUGACAUCUUGCUGGUAGAGGACAACAAGAUUAAUGCAAGAGUGUUGAGUAAACAACUUCGAGCGAAAGGACAUCAAGUGUUCAUCGCAAAUCACGGCGGCGAGGCGCUCGAAUAUCUCAAGACUACGAACUACUGGCGAGGUGGGGCCCGUCCUGGCAAGAAGUUGGAUGUCAUCCUGAUGGACUGGGAAAUGCCUGUUCUCAACGGCAUCGACUGCACUAAACAGAUACGACAAUUUGAAGUGCAGGGCUCAUUAACGGAACACCUGCCAAUCAUUGUCACGUCUGCAAAUGCGCGGCCUGAGCAGAUCGAAGUUGCCUGCUCGGCGGGAGCUGUAANNGACGGCUUUUUGCCAAAGCCUUUUACGGUGGUACAAGUCUUUGAGAAGAUACAGCAGAUGGAUUUGUAA